ACUAAACUUUAACCAGGAAGUUUACGGUGCCGCUCCAUGUUUACACAUGUUAGCACGUUCAUGUGGAGAACAUUUGCACUAAUACAAUGUCUUCAAAGAAAAGUAAAAGCAAAUCGAAAAAAGCCAGUGAAGGGGAUAGUUCACUUUUACUGAAGGAGGGCUCCAAUCUGCAAACGUCCAACCAUGAGGGAGGAAACUGCAAAAGUUUAAACAACAACUCAUUCACUGUUAUCGAUUUUGUUGACAAAGCUGAUGACAAAACACCUAAAAGCUGCAGAUCAACUUUAGCCCAACUGAGCCUCAAUUCCAUGAAGUCAGCCGGCGUUUGCAUUGGGAGACCAGUCCUACUGACGAGUCCCACGGGACAACAAGAGGUGUGUUUAGGAUGGCCAGUUGCCUCCUUUCCUGGUGGGAAAGUGGGUCUUCAGAAAUGUGCUCAGAAUAACCUCAGAGUGAAGUCGGGGGACGAGGUGAUGCUGUGCCCGCUGACAGGUCCUGUGCUUCAGGCUGAGGAGGUGGUUCUCUCUAACAGGUCAAAAGAUGACACACUGGAGACAGAUGAGUUCAAGAACUUCUUUCUGAGCUCUCUGGCUGGGAACAUCAUAGUGCCAGGAAAUGUCAUUUCCUUGACUUACUUUGGCCGGUCAUGCGGCCUCCGCAUCGAGGCCAUAAGAGGGGAGGAUGGUGUCACCCUCCACAGACCAGCCCCUCCCCAAGGACUGGGCCCCGACAUGGAGGAGUCCUCCAUGCUGGACUCCACGUCAGCUGACCUCUCCCUGCAGCUCAGCUUGCUCACUGUGGAUGACAACAACAGUGAUGGGGCACCGAGCACGCCCGGAGAGCCCGGGCCUGCAGCCAGCACCCCUUGCCGACCAGCCAACCUCCCUUGUCUCUCCUCACCCACUGCUCCCUGCACUCCCUCCUACAACUCCCCAAAUCCUCCUGCAGGGUCAACAGAGGAUGCUGUCAGUCUGGAGAGCUCAUUGAGCUCUGAGCGGGCAGAGAAAAGCCACAUAGCUCCCCCUGGUGGUGCACAGAACACUGACACCUUCUACUGCCUGUCCCGCUCCACUAAAGUCAUUUUCAGGGACAGAGCAGGACAGGAGGAUCCAGAUGCAGAUGCUCAAAGGUCAAAGGUCACAUACAACAUGAUUGGUGGGCUCAGCAGUCAGUUGGAUGUCAUCAGAGAGACCAUUGAGCUUCCUCUGAAGCACCCCGAGUUGUUCUCCAACUACGGGAUCCCACCUCCCCGAGGAGUACUUCUGUAUGGGCCACCAGGCACGGGGAAGACUAUGAUUGGACGGGCCAUAGCCAAUGAAGUUGGAGCUCACAUGACAGUGAUCAACGGCCCAGAGAUCAUGAGCAAAUUCUAUGGUGAAACAGAAGCAAGACUGAGGCAGAUCUUCACUGAAGCAUCUCAGAGACAGCCUGCGAUCAUCUUUAUUGACGAGCUGGAUGCUUUGUGCCCGAAGCGAGAGGGAGCGCAGAAUGAGGUGGAGAAACGGGUUGUUGCCUCUCUCCUCACUCUGAUGGAUGGGAUAGGUUCAGAGGGUCACUCAGGUCAGCUGUUGGUCCUGGGAGCCACAAACCGACCCCAUGCUCUUGACCCUGCCCUGCGCCGGCCAGGGCGCUUUGACAAGGAGUUGGAGGUAGGAGUUCCCGGCGCUGUCGAGCGUGCAGAUAUUUUGCAGAAGCAGCUGAGUUUUGUGCCGUGCAGCGCCACCGCCGAGGAGCUGAUGCAGCUGGCAGACGCUGCUCAUGGAUACGUAGGAGCUGACCUCGCAGCUGUUUGCAAAGAAGCAGGUUUGCAUGCACUGAGGCGAGCACUGGGAGGUUCCUACCAACUGUCAGACCAGCAGCUGAAGGGUGCGGUGACCGUCACUCUGCAGGACCUCCAGUGGGCCAUGUCUGCUGUGAAACCGAGUGCCAUGAGGGAGGUUGCUGUUGAUGUCCCAAAGGUCCACUGGUCGGAUGUAGGUGGGAUGGAGGAGGUGAAACUGAAACUGAAGCAGGCAGUGGAGUGGCCUCUGAGACACCCUGAAGCCUUCACCCGCAUGGGGAUCCAGCCACCUAAAGGAGUCCUGCUCUAUGGGCCCCCAGGCUGCUCCAAGACCAUGAUAGCCAAGGCCCUGGCAAAUGAAAGUGGCCUCAACUUCUUGGCUAUUAAAGGUCCAGAAUUACUGAGCAAGUAUGUUGGAGAGUCUGAAAGAGCCGUCAGAGAGGUGUUUCGGAAGGCAAGGGCCGUUGCUCCCUCCAUCGUCUUCUUUGAUGAGAUUGACGCUCUCGCCAGUGAAAGAGGAAGCUCCUCGGGCUCCGGCGGUGUAGGCGACCGGGUCCUGGCUCAGCUCCUGACAGAGAUGGACGGUAUUGAGCAGCUCCGAGAUGUCACAGUGCUGGCCGCCACCAACCGCCCUGACAUGAUCGAUAAGAAGACCUUCAGGAAGCACAAAUGCUGGCAAAAACAAAGUUCUCUUUCCAGGGGAAAAUACCGUCUGUGUAACUUUUGAUGAAAGACAAGCAUUUGGGAUCAUGUCUCAUGUUAAAUUUUUUGAGUUUCAGGGAAUUCUUUCAGAGGCCUGUGCUCUUUGUCCCAACUGAUUACCCUAAUAAAGUCAGAAGAAAUCUCUCAUAUUUUUUAUUCAUAAGUUUACAUGUAGGAGUAAAAGUGAAGAAGUCAUAAUUUCACUUCUAGAAGUCUACAGAAAACAGGUUUUUAAUUUACAUGUUGAUUGAGACAUCAUAUUACUGCCGAAAUUUACUCAUACCCAUGUCAGUGCACUGACUUAGUUGUGCAUCUCCAUACAUCUGCCAUUUCCAUUCCCAUGCAAACAUCCUUUUAUUUAAAACUUCAUUUUCAUACAUAAUACUCAAAUAUCACAGCCAACAAAAGAGUGACAAGCACAGGCACAUCUGCAGUUGUUUUCUGUAAACUGUUAACUGCUUAUUGUUAAUCCAGCAGCACAUGGAGAUACUCCAUGGAGAGAAAUCCCCCACAUACAAAUUUUGUGUAACCCCCUCCUCAAACACUCCCUACCACAUUACCAGCCCACUUGUGGAGAAUUGAUCCAUUGCUGUAGUGGGGGACUGACAGAAACUUCCUCCACCCCUGCAACUGGUUGCUGUCUCAUUUCAAACUCCAUUAGUGGUGUGGAGGCGAAGAAACAGUCUGAGACUGUGUGUGUGUGUGUCUGAC